AUGAAUAUUAAAGAUACUGAAUCUAACAACCAUUCUAACAACUAUUCUAACAAUUAUUCUAAUAACUAUUCUAAUGACUAUUCUAAUAACUAUUCUAAUGAUGAAUCAUCUCCAAUAUCUGAAAUAAAUUCUUCUAUUCUAACUAUAUUAAAUAAAUCUUCAAAACGAUCCUUAUUUUUAUGGCUCUAUUUUGAAUUUGAUCCAAAUGAACCAAACAUUCCAAUUUGUAAAAAAUGUAAUCAAAAAUUUUCAGAGAAAUCUGGAAAUUCAAGUUUAGAAAGGCAUUUAGAAAGUCAACAUAAAAUUAAAAUUCCUAAACUCAAAA